CAAUGGCGAUUCUUAUCUUUUCCUUUAAAGUCAAAAGUUGUAUGGCUGAAUCAAGCAAAUUUGAACCCUUCUUUUAUGAUUUCUUUUUGUGGGUUUAAAGAGUAAAUUGAUAAUCAGACACGUAUUUUGUUUGAUAUUCCAGAAUCCAAGAAAUCCCAAUAGUUUUAUAGGGUUUUAAAGAGGGAAUGUCCUUUUUGGGCUGUACAGAAUCAUUUCAAUCUAUACUAUUCCUUUUUCUUCUUUGUUUAUUUGAAAUGGAACUCUUCUGCUUUAUCUUCAUUUUGUGGUCAUUUGUUAAAGAAAUCAACGAUCAAAUAUGAAAAAAGAAAUGUAAAGCAAUAGAAGAUGAAUACACCGAUGUUCACUAACCGUGUUAGCUACGUCUACAAGUAGGGAUAUUACAAUUGAAGAGAUGUCUCUAAAAUUAACGAGUUUAUAUAGUGCAUUUCUCUAAAUUCUUGGAUCAAAAUUAGAACAAAUCAUGAGAUCCAAUACUUAAUCAUUCAAAAUACUAAAUAACAUAUUUAAGACAUUUUAACAUCAUUAAAUUUUGUCUAGGUUUUGGACUCUAGAAGUUAAUGGGGGUUUGUGAUUUUGAAAUAUAGUAAUUGGAUAAAGGAGAAGAGAUAAGUGGCAGUGGAAACUGUGGGAUGAGGAAUAAAACCCACCACCUCCUUUGGCACUUUGAAAAAAAGAAAGAGAGAGAGUUUUCUAGCAGAUAUGCCUCUUGCCUUGAAAAAGUGGGAAGUGACAAAGGGAGCAGUAUAUUUAAAAACCUCCACCCAAUUGCACACAUUCUCUUCUUGACACAUACACUCAGAUUUACACCAAAACCAGACCCUUUCUGCAAAAAAAUGUAUAUCUUUUUAUAGCUUCAGUAUUAAUGGCAGAAGAGGAUACCCCAUCUGAAAGUUCUUCUUCUUCUUCAGCUCUCACCUCUCCAAUGUCCACGCCCUUGAGGAAGGUGUUUUGUAGAAUUUCAGGCCUAGCAACUUCUCUGAGAAGAAACACAGCCCCUCAUAGCAGAAGAAUAUUUCACAGAGAUGUUGAACAACAGGAGUUUCAAUAUGCAAGCUCUCAUUGCCUUUCUUCUUACUACAGUGUCUUUGUUGCUCGUCUUGCCAUAAUGGUGAUGCUAGCUAUUUUGAUUGGGCUGCUGACAAUACUCACAUGGCAUUUCACGAAGAGCUACACAGCACAGUCUCUGGACAGCUUAGCAUAUGGUCUUCGUCAUGAACUGCUGCAGCGCCCGAUCUUACGGAUGUGGAGUGUGUUGAAUUCCACAGCUGAAAUAACCACAGCUCAGGUUAAGCUCUCGGAAUAUGUAAUGAAGAAGUACAGCAAGCCCGUGAAUCAAGCAGAGCAAGUUGAGCUGUAUGAAGCAAUGAGGGACGUUACUUGGGCGAUGUUUGCAAGUCGAAAAGCUCUUAAUGCCAUAACCAUCAAUUACAAGAAUGGCUUUGUCCAGGCAUUCCAUCGAGAUCAUAGAAGCAACAAUACAUUUUAUAUUUACUCAGAUCUUGCAAACUAUUCCAUCAGUGCCACUCAAUCAUAUAAUAUCAAUCGGCUUUCGUCUGGUGAAGGGUGGUCGGAGCCACCCAUACUUGGCAAUGUUUCUGCAAAAUGGUUUCGGGAACCGCUUGAUCCUAUUAGUGGUGAGAAGAUCGGGAAAGCGAGGCAAAUCCCACCCGAGGACUUGAUUAAUAUUGCUGGCAUUUCACAGGUGGCAGAUGGUGUUGCCUCAUGGCAUGUUACUGUGAGUAAGUACAUGGAUACACCAUUGCUUUCGGCAGCUCUGCCUGUUUCCGAUGCUUCAAAUGAAAGCAUAGUUGCAGUAGUGGGCGUUACGACCGCACUUUAUAGCGUAGGUCAACUUAUGAAGGAGCUUGUUGAGUUCCACAGUGGACAUAUUUAUCUAACCUCUCAAGAGGGCUACUUGCUUGCUACUUCGGCCAAUGCUCCCCUGUUAAGAAAUACAUCAAGGGGUCCAAAGCUUAUGAUGGCUGUCGAUUCCCAGGACGAUGUGAUUCGAUUAGGAGCUGAGUGGUUACAGAAAACCUACGGAAACAAUUUUCCUCCUGGUCAUGAGGUCCAUGAGGAGAAUGUCAAGCUUGGUGAUAAGCAAUAUUACAUCGACUCGUUUUUUCUUAAUCUAAAGAGGCUUCCUAUUGUGGGGGUUGUCAUCAUUCCUAGACAAUACAUAAUGGGAAAGGUAGACGAGAGAGCUUACAAAACAUUGGUUAUACUGAUUUCUGCAUCCUUAUGCAUCUUAGUUAUUGGAUGUCUAUGCAUUUUGAUUCUGACGAAAGGAGUAUCUAAGGAAAUGAAACUAAGGGCAGAACUAAUAAGCCAUCUUGAUGCAAGAAGAAGGGCGGAGGCAUCUAGUAAUUACAAGAGUCAAUUUCUGGCGAAUAUGAGUCAUGAGCUGAGGACACCAAUGGCUGCAGUAAUUGGACUGCUUGACAUUCUAAUGUGUGAUGACUGUCUCAAUAAUGAACAAUUUGCGACGGUGACUCAGAUUAGAAAAUGCUCAACAGCCCUACUCCGACUCCUUAACAACAUUCUAGAUCUAAGCAAGGUUGAAUCUGGAAAGCUGGUUUUGGAAGAUGCAGAGUUUGAUCUGGGACGAGAACUCGAAGGGCUUGUUGAUAUGUUUUCUGUGCAGUGCAUUAAUCAUAAUGUGGAAACUGUAUUAGAUCUCUCGGACGACAUGCCGAAAUUAGUUCGAGGAGACUCUGGUCGAGUUGUUCAAAUAUUCACAAACUUGAUUAGCAAUUCUAUCAAAUUCACAACUACUGGUCACAUCAUUCUUCGAGGGUGGUGUGAGACGUCAAAUACUCUUAAAGAAAUGGGAAAGUUCUGUAUGGAUCAGAAGAAAUCACGGUUUCCUAAUCGGACAAAGAUGAAACAACAGGGAGACCACACAAAGAAUGCUUUCAAGAAAGAUAACAAAAUGACCUUGUGGUUUGAACUUGAUGACACAGGCUGCGGGAUCGAUCCAAGCAAAUGGGAGUCUGUUUUUGAAAGCUUUGAGCAAGCAGAUCCCUCGACAACCCGAACGCAUGGUGGCACCGGUCUUGGACUAUGCAUCGUACGUACCUUGGUUAACAAAAUGGGUGGAGAAAUCAAGGUUGUAAAGAAAAACGGCCCAGGAACUCUAAUGCGACUUUAUUUGGUUCUCAGCACACCUGUAGAUGCCACAGAUCAUCACUGUCAGUUUGAUUUUGCAAAACAUAAUGCGGUGGUACUGCUUGCACUCCGUGGCAGCAUGAGUCGCUUUAUCACGUCACAAUGGCUUCGUAAAAUCGGACUGUUCACUUUAGAGGCUUCAGAGUGGAAUGAAUUAACACUAAUCCUUCAAGAACUCUUUCAAGCUAGAAGUUCCGAAAAUAGAAAGGGAUUUAGUCCACAAGAUUCACUAGGUGAAACAUUACGAGCUGAGUUAACGAGAAUUAAAGAUAUGAAAAGCCAAAUGUUUAUCAUUGUUGCCGAUAUUGGGAUAUUGGACUUGAGCACGGAUAUUUGGAAGGACCAACUUUACUUCCUUGACAAGUACUCUGGAAAAGCAAAAUUUGCCUGGAUGUUAAACCAUGAUACAUCCAACGCUAUAAAAAUGGAGCUUCGGGGAAAAGGGCACAUUAUAAUGAACAAUAAGCCACUGUACAGAUCAAAAAUGAUUCAUAUUUUGGAAGCUGUUAUGAAGGACAGAAAUCUUGAGUUGCAGAGGAAAAAUGCUUUAAGAACUGCAUCAAAAGAAGGGGAUUAUCAUGAAUGUCUUGAAAUUGAUUCCACUCAGUUUGAAACUGCCAGCUCUGAUGAUUCUGAUGUAUCUGAACUUGGGAAUUAUAACUCUCACUGUGCAACAUUUCAAGUCAGAGACGGCAAAGAAGAAACAACACCGAAACCAUGUCAGUCACCAUUUCUGCCCAUUAACAAUAGUUUAGUCGAGUUAACUCAUGUAAAUUCGAUCGAGAGUAAUGUGAGGACCGGCGAUCGGUGUGACACGAGACAAAACUCAUCAAUGCCUCAGUGUCAAAGUUCUGAAUCCAAUGGACAGGACUUAGGAUGCAACUAUCCUAAAAGCCAAGGAGAAUCACAUUCUAAGAACGUUCAAGGUAAGAAAUCUCUUGAAGGGCUACGCAUUUUGCUUGCAGAAGAUACCCCGGUUCUCCAAAGAGUAACGACCAUAAUGCUCGAAAGGAUGGGAGCCACGGUCAUUGCUUUUGGAGAUGGAUUGCAGGCUGUUGAAGCUCUGACUACCAUGCUCAGUGCUGAAGAGCAAAGAAGAGAAUUCCCGACAAGAUAUGACUUGAUUUUAAUGGAUUGCCAAAUGCCCAAGAUGGAUGGCUAUGAAGCAACAAAAGCAAUUAGGAAGCUAGAAGUGGGAACGAGCCUUCACGUUCCGAUCGUAGCACUGACAGCCCACGCAAUGUCGUCAGAUGAAGCUAAAUGCUUGGAGGUAGGAAUGGAUGCAUACCUAACAAAGCCAAUUGACUAUAAGCUGAUGGUAUCCACCAUACUUUCCCUCACUCAGAGAAGAGUCUAAAACACAUUGCUUACGAUUUUCAAGCUACCCUAAGUGCUAAUGUUCUCAGUUUUGCAAAUCAAAACGAAGUCACUUUCUAACUAAACAACAGGAGUAGAGAAGGCCUUUAAGGGUCCGAAGGUUGCAUGUAUUUUAGAGAUCGGUUUCUUGACCAAGAGUAUGACGAUUUAGAUAAGGAAUUUGCUCAAAAUGAUGCAAAUUCUAUGUUUGAUGGCAGUAGAGAUGAGUUGCUGCCAGAACUAGGUAGGUUCUUUCUGUCUCUUGAACUUUAUAUAUUUUGUAGGACAGAUGAAAGGGUGGUUUAAGUUUUCCCACUUUUUGUAAUUAAUAGUGAGAAAACAAAGUAAUAUAUGAUGUAAAACAACAUUCCAUGUGCAAGUAAAUUAAGAAUAAGAGGGGAAAUAAGCUCUCCUCUUUCAUAACAA